AGUAAUAUGGUGCGUUUUUUUGCAAACAGCCAAUGGCAAACAUCACCUCAGUAACCCAACCUUGCUUAGCGAAUUAGUUUCGAAGCUGCCACCAACAAAACAGAUGCAAUGGGCUGAAAAAUGUAUUGAACUUAACAGGGCUGCUGAUUUGGUAGAUUUCUGUCAAUGGCUCGAGGGAGUAAGGAAAAUUGCCAACAUGGUUUCCGAUGCAUUGCCAUCAGUGUCAUCCGUAGUUAGAAAUAAAAAGCCGCUACCUAAAAAUAAAUUUGCGUUAACUACAAAUAUUGUACAAAAAUGUGCAAUUUGUUCUGGAGAUUGUCAUCCCCUUACGGACUGCCAAUUGUUUAAGGAGGCUUCUGUGGAUGAACGUUGGAAUAAAGCCCGUGCACUUCGUUUGUGUUUCUCAUGUUUGAAAGGAAGACACCAGGUAAAUAAAUGUUUUAAAAAGCAGCGUUGUGGUACAAACAAUUGUGAAAAACAGCACCAUCCACUAUUACAUUCAACUAGUGAUCAAAACAAUAAACAAACGAAUGGUGUUGCCACUGUUGUUGAAAAUGAGAAUCCCAGAACAGUUGUCAAUUUACAUGCAGGUACUCAAAAGAGUGAAAUCUUAUUUCAGAUAAUACCAGUGAAUUUAUAUGGACCUAAAGGAUGUAUCUCAAUCUACGCAUUUAUAGACGACGGCGCUGAUGCCACCAUGCUAGAAUGGGAUAUUGGUAAAGAAAUUGGUUUAAAUGGUAAACAGGAAAAAUUAAAAUUGCAAUGGUUAAAUGGACAUUGCAGUAGUGAACAAACAGAAAUUGUAGAUCUGUCUAUUAGUGGUCUACCAGAAGAAAAUAUAAAGUACCAAAUUUCGGAAGUGUAUUUGGUUAAAAAUCUAGAGUUGCCUACACAAUCAUUUAAUUUAAACGACAUUAAUUACCAAAGCCAUCUAAACGACCUCCCAAUCACCUCCUAUAGCAAAAUUAAACCACAAAUGAUUAUUAGUUUGACACAUGCAUUUUUGACGGUACCAGUAAACAUACCCAUAUGCCCUGAUAACAAUGGACCUAUUGCGGUGAAGACAAGACUUGGAUGGGUAGUUUACGGUCCAAAUGGCAUGGAAAGGCAUUGCGUGUUAAAAAGUGUAUUUCAUUCAAGACGACAAGAUAUAGAAAUGAAGGAGAUGAUGCGUCAAUAUUUUGAGGUUGAAUCGUGUAUGGUAAAACUUGAUGUCAAACCCGUUAAGCCAGAAAGUGAGAUAAGAGCAUUAGAUAUUUUGAAGUCGACCACAAAAUUUUGUGAUGGCCGUUAUGAGUGUGGGCUUUUAUGGAAAAAUGAGACUCAGUCACUGCCUGAUAGUUAUGCUCAAUCUUUAAGACGACUUUAUAUGAUUGAGAAAAAAUUUCGUAUAGACCCACAAUUUGAAAUUAAAUAUAGAGCAAAAAUGAAGCAUCUUUUAGAAAAAGGGUAUGCACGACGACUUAGUCCCGAAGAGGAAAAAACAAUUUUACCCAAAACGUUCUUUUUACCACACUUUGCAGUUUUUAAUCCCGUUAAGGAUAGUCUACGUUUAGUUUUUGAUGCAGCGGCGAAGUUUGUGGCGACAUAA